UUGACUUGCUGCCUUUGCCUGGAUUUUUUUAACAAGCCAGUACUGAUUAUAAAAUGCUCCCACAGCUUCUGCAAGGAGUGCAUCUCUGAGCACUGCAAAAAGAUGGGGCCCAAGGCAUUGUGCCCCAGGUGCAGGGGGGAGCUCCGUCAAAAUAAUUUGGUAGACCAUAGAUCACUUGCGAACAUAGUGGAAACUUACCAGCAGAUGAAGAAAAACCAGCAGGAAUUGUUGGGACCCUCCUGGAGAGAGCACCCAGCAGCCAGUGGAUCCCAGGAUCUGAAGUUGUCAGCUGGAGUUUUCCCAUAUCAGCUCAAGGAAGUGGUGAAAAUAAGUGAAGUCUGCAAACAAAUAGAAGUGGCGUUUGAAGCAAUCGACAAGUGCACGAAGGACAGCGCUGAAAUGAAGGAUUCUGUAUCUCGGAUCAAAAGUUCCAUUAGAGAAGGCUUCAGUUUUAUGAAGAAGUAUAUUAAUGAUCAAGAGGAAACGGUGCUGAAUGUUAUUGACGAAGAAUGUGCUGCCACUCAACAAAGCAUAGACUUAAUGAAUGAGCAACUCACAGCAAGAAUUGACAGGCUUUUGGAACUGCAAAGUAACUCUGAGGAAGUGAUUAAGACUACCUCAUCGGAACAAGAAGUUUCCAUCGGUGAGCCUAUCAGAGUGACCGAAGUUGUUCUUGGUGUUCAGAAGAUUUCUGGCAUCGUAUAUGCUGUGGAAGAGUUCAGAAGGCAGCUGGAUAGGGCAGUGCUGGAAAAAUGCCCCAGGCCGCAGCCUCGUGAAUUUUCUCCAGGAACAAGUAACAUGACUUGUGACUCUAAUGAUAUCCAAACCAACGUGGCAGAGGAUGAAAUUGCCUCCACCAGCAGUUCUUCACUCUAUCAAGAUUCUCUUCAGGGAACAAGCUGCUCUUCUUCAGCAACGUCAUCGGCCAGAGAUAGUCCAAUGCCAGCAAUUUCAAGUCAGUUUUCUCAAUCCAGAGUUGGGAAGACGUCACUUAUUAUGUCUCUUGUCAGUGAAGAAUUUCCUGAAGAGGUUCCUCCACGAGCAGAAGAAAUCACCAUUCCAGCUGAUGUUACCCCAGAGAGAGUGCCAACCCAUAUAGUGGAUUAUUCAGAAUCCGAACAAAGUGACGAACAGCUCCAUAAUGAAAUAUCGCAAGCGAAUGUAAUCUGCAUUGUAUAUGCAGUUAACAACAAGAAUUCAAUUGAAAAGGUAACAAGUCGAUGGAUUCCUCUCAUUAAUGAAAGAACAGACAAAGACAGCAGGCUGCCUCUUAUACUAGUUGGGAACAAAUCAGAUCUGGUUGAAUACAGUAGUAUGGAGACGAUCCUUCCCAUUAUGAACCAAUAUACAGAGAUAGAAACUUGCGUAGAGUGCUCAGCCAAGAACUUGAAGAACAUAUCCGAACUAUUUUAUUAUGCGCAGAAAGCUGUUCUACAUCCUACAGGACCCCUCUAUUGUCCAGAGGAAAAAGAGAUGAAGCCUGCCUGUAUAAAAGCACUAACUCGGAUCUUCAGGAUUUCCGAUCAGGAUAAUGAUGGCACCCUUAACGAUGCGGAACUCAACUUCUUUCAGCGAAUUUGUUUUAAUACACCGUUGGCACCUCAAGCACUGGAAGACGUAAAGAAUGUAGUCCGGAAAAAUCUAAGCGAUGGAGUUGCAGAUAAUGGAUUAACAUUAAAGGGUUUUCUUUUUCUACACACACUAUUUAUUCAGCGAGGGAGACAUGAAACAACCUGGACAGUUUUGCGGCGUUUUGGAUAUGAUGAUGACCUCGAGCUGACACCAGAGUAUUUAUUUCCUUUAUUAAAAAUACCUCCGGACUGCACAACAGAGUUGAAUCACCAUGCGUAUUUGUUCCUCCAAAGCAUUUUUGAUAAGCAUGAUUUGGACCGAGAUUGUGCUUUGUCUCCUGAUGAACUCAAGGAUUUGUUCAAAAUCUUCCCUUAUAUGCCGUGGGGACCAGAUGUCAACAGCACCGUUUGUACAAACGAAAGGGGAUGGAUAACGUAUCAGGGAUUUCUCUCUCAGUGGACACUAACUACGUAUUUGGAUGUACAGCGCUGCCUGGAAUAUUUGGGCUACUUAGGAUAUUCAAUAUUGACUGAACAGGAAUCCCAGGCAUCAGCAAUUACAGUAACUAGAGAUAAAAAGAUUGACCUGCAGAAAAAACAGACUCAGAGGAACGUGUUCAGGUGCAAUCUAAUUGGGUUGAAAGGCUCUGGAAAAAGUGGAGUCCUCCAGGCACUGCUUGGAAGAAACCUAAUGAGACAGAAGCAUAUACGUCCAGAGCACAAAUCUUAUUAUGCAAUUAAUACAGUCUAUGUGUAUGGACAGGAAAAAUACUUACUGUUGCAUAACGUUUGUGAAUCUGACUUCUUAUGUGAUUCUGAAAUCAUGUGUGAUGCUGUAUGCCUAGUGUAUGAUGUCAGCAACCCCAAAUCCUUUGAAUACUGUGCCAGGAUUUUUAAGCAACACUUCAUGGACAGCAGGAUACCUUGCUUAGUGAUAGCUGCCAAGUCAGACCUUCAUGAAGUUAGACAAGAGUACAGCAUUUCCCCGGCCGAAUUCUGCAAAAAACACAAAAUGCCUCCACCACAAGCCUUUUCUUGUAACACGGUUGAUGCACCGAGUAAGGACAUCUUUGUUAAGUUGACAACGAUGGCCAUGUAUCCCCAUGCCCGAUUACGCUGUAUGUGCACCUGCAACAGGUGUACAUUUUGCAUCUGUCAGAACCUCCUCAACUCAGACUUGCUGCAAUCUGUAAAGAACAAACUCUUCACCGCAGUUCUUAACAGGCAUGUGACGCAAGCAGACCUCAAGAGCUCCACCUUUUGGCUUCGAGCGAGUUUUGGUGCUACAGUCUUUGCCGUUUUGGGCUUUGCCAUGUACAGAGCAUUACUAAAGCAGCGAUGAUCUGGAAGAAAAGCACGUUUCUCGCAGGGGAGGGGCCUACCAAAAGGGAAAGAAAAAGAAACUUUUAUGUACAUUCUAAAUCCGCUAGAAAUAUUUAUAUAUGCGAGUUACUUUAUUACUUGUAAUUCAUGGAUAAGAUUAUUUUAAAUGAUAGCUCUAAACUUGCAGUAUUGCGAUGGUUGUGGAAGAUGUUUUUGCAUUACAGUGGCUAACUGAAAAUGGCUACAUUUGUUAAGGCCCAAAGGGAAUUAUUGUAAAUAUAACUUGUAUAUAUUAAGGCUGCGAGCCGUAAUGUCCCCCAAAGUUAUUAUAAUUGGCAUUAAUAGAUGUUUCAAAUGGAGUGAGCGAGAGUGUAAUUAGAAUUUGUUUUAAGCAAUGUAGGUUCAAGUCCAGGAUCACCAUUCAUUUAUUUAUUUCACAGGUGUGUGACGUUCUCUCUUUGGGCUCACAGUGCUUGAGGGAGGGCUGAGUUCCCUCCUCUUUCAGUAACUGAACUGCUCCUUUACCCCACAGAUCUUAUUUCACAAGUGUUUCAUUCCCACUGCAGCUUUUAUUGGACUUGGAUUGAUUAUUUUUACAUCCUAGGUUAAGCAGCAAAAUGUGCCGCAGGUCAAGGAUAUUUUGGGGGUGGGGAGGAGAAAGAGAGCUGUGCAUUCCCUCCGAUAGAAGAGCAGCAAGCAUCAUCCGUGUGUUUGUCAGAAUCUUGACUCUUGUGUGCCAUUCCGCAACUCUCUCGUUUCCCACUCUGUUGUGUUUUGCAGACUUUUCAGGGGGCGGGGCGGCGGCAAUCAAUUUGUAUAUUACAACUGUUUAUAAUUCCAAAGUGUUUUGUUUCAUCCUCACUUCCGCAAGCCGUUCUCCCAAAAGCUGGGCGUAUGGGGUAGAGCCGAAAUAUUACACAGUGCUUUACUCUCUACUUGGUAGAUUAGUUGCAUGGUUUGCACUGCGUCCUAUACUUCGCUGGAAUUACCUGUAGGUGGAAUUUUUGAACAAAAAAGAAGGUCAGGAAACCUCAUAAGCGGAAAUUCCUCACUGUCGAACCUAUUUCUCCCCCCCCCCAAUCACUGGCCUUUUCAAGUAUUUCAAUAAAUAAUUCUACUGUGCUGUG